AGCUGUAACACUGGUACAGGAGUGCAUAAGGGAUCACACGGGAAAUGCGGAUUAAUGUCACGCGCGUGCACCGAAAUUCAAACUCGUAUAAAUACUAAAAUGAGUUGACUGGAUACCAGUGCUAGUUUAAUAUCUGGUGUUUGUUUUAUUCAACAUUAUUUACUGCAUUAACCCUGUAUUACCAUAUUAGGAAAAAAGUUCGCUUCACUCCGUUGUUGGUGUACAGCGCCCUCUGGCGGUCAACUCUUAUAACAAACGCCAUCUAGGAAGCAGUUCUAAGUUGUCACAUAUACGUUACUGCUCAGUGAAAUUCUUAUCCCAUUCUUGGGGGUUGGGUUCAGAACAGGGUCAGCCAUGAUGCAUCGCCCCUGGAACAGGGUGGGUUAGGGGCCUUGCACAAGGGCCCAAUAGUGGCAGCUUGGUGGUGCUGGGGCUUGAACCCCAAUCUUCUGGUCAGCGAUUCAGAGCCUUAACCACUUGAGCUACCACCGUCCUCCCCAGUUUGAUGUAACACCGCCAUAGUUUUUUUAUGGAAAGUAGGAUCAAUCAGCUAGAAGUGUGUAAAAUAGUAGCAUUAAAAAUUUCUUACGAUAUUUAAACUCUCCAGACAUGUUAGAGGCUGAGCUGAAAGGGUUUGUUGUUGUACUAGAACAAAUGGCACUACAAUAAAUGUCCUGGUUAUAAAUUUUUCACAUCAUGUUAAUGGGUAUAGAUACACUUAAAUUGCCAAAAGUUUUGGGACCUCUGCCUUUACCUGCACAUGAAUGUAAUAUGGAGUUGGCCUGCCCUUUGCAGUUCAGUUGUAACAGCCUCGGGAAGGCUUUCCACAAGGUUUAGGAGUGUGUUUAUGGGAAUUUUUUGACCAUUCCUCUAGAAGCGCAUUUGUGAGGUCAGACACCGAUGUCGGAUGAGAAGGCCUGGCUCGCAGUCUCCCUUCUAAUUCAUCCCAAAGGUGUUCUAUCAGGUUGAGGUCAGGACUCUGUGAAGUUCCUCCACACCAAACUCGCUCAUCCAUGUCUUUAUGGACCUUGCUUUGUGCACUGGUGUGCAGUCAUGUUGGAACAGGAAGGGGUCAUCCCCAAAACUGUUCCCACAAAUUUGGGAGCAUGAAAUUGUCCAACAUGUCUUGGUAUGCUGAAGCAUUAAGAGUUCCUUUCACUGGAACUCAGGGGCCGAGUCCAACCCCUGAAAAACACCACCUGAAAUCAAUGAUUUGGAGGGGUGUCCCAAAACUUUUGGCAAUAUAGUGUAUAUUAAUAAUACACUAUAACACUAGCAUUCAACCACAGUGUUAAUCCAUGCCUUGCAGAUAGACACACUUUAUGGUAUUUUGCAGGUUACUUCAUUUUUACAGUGCGUUAUUUUUUUUCCUCUGACACUUAAUAACAAACCAUUAUGAGGUUAAAACUCGCAAUGGGGCCCGGUAUGAGAAACACUGCUUCUGCAUCUAUCUGACUUUACAAGUUUUAACUUUUAAAUAUCUAUGUGCAUGCCAGGAGAGUGGCGAGUGUCUGCGAUGCACUUUGCCUGACUGGUGUUUUCUCUCCUCUUUUUCGCCAUAUUACACCCAUUACAUCUGCUAAACCACUAACCUUUUCAAAAAUAAAAAUAUCACAAAUUGAAAUGAUCUCAACAGCCGAGUUUCAGCAAACUGAAGCGCUUCACACCCUCAUGUAUGAAUAGGCAACUUCUUAUUUCCUGAUUCUGAGGGCAUUUCUCUGACACUUCUUGCUGUGAAAAUGUGUGUGUCGCCUCAGUUUGGUCUUGCUGCUAUUGGACACGCAUCACUGUGGGAGGAGCCAUCAUGUUUUGUGGGUCCUCACUGCUGACCUUCACCCUGUUUUUCACUGGCAUUGUUUCAGACAGUGGCUCCGUCGUCAGAAAACAGGGCUUUUCGGUGGUGUGGAACAUGCCCACCGCAAAAUGCCAGAAUGCGUUUGGAGUUUCUCUGCCCCUGCACCAGUAUGGUAUCAUACACAAUGCCGAACAGAUAUUUAGAGGUGAAAGCAUAAGUCUGUUUUACGAAUCCCGACUUGGUUUGUAUCCUUAUAUCAAUCGCGAGGGCUUGAGUGUGAAUGGUGGCAUUCCUCAGAAGGGCAAUCUUGACAGUCACCUUGCACUGUCAGACGGACAGAUCCGUGCACUUCUGCAGAAGACUUUCAGCGGGUUGGCUGUGGUGGACUGGGAGAAGUGGCAACCUCAGUGGGUCCGCAACUACGGAACCCGAAAGGCCUACAUUGAUAUGUCUAAGCACCUGGUAAGAGAGAAACACCCAGACAUGUCUGAGAAGGAAGUAACAUCACUGGCAAAGACUGAGUUUCAGAAAGCAGCACGGUCGUUUAUGGAAGAAACUCUGAAACUCGGAAUCAAGACUCGUCCAAAGGGAUUGUGGGGGUUUUAUGGAUACCCUGGCUGCUAUAAUGACCAGAGGGCAAGAGAGAGUGGGUACACCGGGGAGUGCAAACCUAGAGCAGUGGCCCUGAAUGACAAGCUGGCAUUUUUAUGGCAGCAGUCCACAGCACUCUAUCCGAGUGUGUAUGUGCACCGCAAACUAGCGGGACACCCGAACACACGGCUUAUGGUAAGACACCGCGUACUCGAGGCAUUUCGAGUGGCAUCGCAACAUAGACGUGGCUCUUCACAACUUCCUGUUCUACCGUAUGCUAGAGUGGCUUUUACAAGAACUCUACAGUUCUUAAACCAGACUGAUCUGGAGAACACACUUGGUGAGGUUGCAUCUCUAGGUGCUGCUGGUGUAGUGCUAUGGGGUGAAAUGACGUUUGCCAAGUCCAAGCAACAGUGUGUUCUACUCCGGGACUACAUCCUCUCCGUCUUGGGUGUGUACGUGGACGCUCUGCGUCGGGGUGUAGCACAUUGCAGCAAGAUUGUGUGCAGUGCAAAUGGUCGCUGCGUGAGACGCAAUCCUCAUUCCGGUCACAUGAUUACUCAGCUCGAUACUAUUGACCAUGACCUUAGGUCUAACUUCAAAUGUGUGUGCUUUAAAGGAUGGAUUGGAGAGCGGUGUGAGGAGAACAUCAUGGAUGUGAAGUGAAGCCAGGGUUUACACCACUUCCUUUUUUAAAAGUUUUAAUUUCUGAACUCGUUUCUGUAUUCGUUUUUUACAUAUUGUAAUAAACCAGUUAC